AUGAUCAGAGAGCACUGUCGCACCGAGCCCCGCGAUACACAGUUCCCAACUCAGCAAGUCAACCGACGCUUAUCCAACUCAGCAAGUCAACCGACGCUUAUCCAACUCAGCAAGUCAACCGACGCUUAUCCAACUCAGCAAGUCAACCGACGCUUAUCCAACUCAGCAAGUCAACCGACGCUUAUCCAACUCAGCAAGUCAACCGACGCUUAUCCAACUCAGCAAGUCAACCGACGUUUAUCCAACUUAUCCAACUCAGCAAGUCAACCGACGCUUAUCCAACUCAGCAAGUCAACCGACGCUUAUCCAACUCAGCAAGUCAACCGACGCUUAUCCAACUCAGCAAGUCAACCGACGCUUAUCCAACUCAGCAAGUCAACCGACGCUCAACGACAAUUAUCCAACUCAGCAAGUCAACCGACACUAUCCAACUCAGCAAGUCAUCCAACUCAGCAAGUCAACCGACUUAUCCAACUCAGCAAGUCAACCGACGACCAAACUUAUCCAACUCUCAGCAAGUCAACCGACGCUUAUCCAACUCAGCAAGUCAACCGACGCUUAUCCAACUCAGCAAGUCAACCGACGCUUAUCCAACUCAGCAAGUCAACCGACACUUAUCCAACUCAGCAAGUUAUCCAACUCAGCAAGUCAACCGACGCUUAUCCAACUCAGCAAGUCAACCGACGCUUAUCCAACUCAGCAAGUCAACCGACGCUUAUCCAACUCAGCAAGUCAACCGACGCUUAUCCAACUCAGCAAGUCAUAUCAUAG